GGGAGCUUUGGACUGACUGACAGACAUUGGUCAGGGAGAGAGGCAGAGUAUCCAGGGAUACAGUGGUGACCGUUCCUCAGAGUCACAUGAAUAAGGCAACCCCUUGAUGACAAAAACCCUUGACUUGUAGGCACCUCCACAGCAGAGUUCAUCCCUCUGCCCCAGCCUGUCUUUGAUAACUGUAAUCAUUUUGUUAAGUGAGUUGCCCUCCCCCUCCACCUGAAGGCGACUUCCUGCCCAAAAUGCCUCUUGUCCCAUCCUUCCUCCUCCUGCUCCUCGCCUGCCCUGCCCUCCUGACCCUAUCAGGUUCCCAGAGCCUGCAGACUGGGGGUCAAAGGGCACCCAGGAACACAAAGCCAGAGGGUGGCGGGCAGCCAAUCAAAGUGGUGAUCUCUGAGGCAUGUGUUCAGGGGGACUCCAGUCAGAAUCAGGGAAAGGAACUGGACCUUGAGCCUGGUUCCCCUCUAGUCCUUACCCAUCGGAUCCGACUGGUUCCGGGGUCGUGCGGAGGCGGGUGCGAAGCCGAGUUUGCUGCCCUGCGAGACCGUCUGGAGAGGCUGGAGAAGGAGGUGUCUGCCCUGAGGGAGAAGUGUGGAGGCCCAGAGGGGGGCUGCUGCACGUCCCAGCAGAGCAAAGGCACUGAGUGCUCCAUCAAGCCGGAGGGAGAAGAGUGUCCUAACGAGUGCAGUGACCAGGGACGCUGUGAGGAUGGCAAGUGUGUCUGCUUCCCAGGGUUCAGUGGGCCAGACUGCAGUUUGUCUGACUGUCCCGGCAACUGCAAUGACAAGGGGAAGUGUGUGAACGGCCAGUGUGUGUGCGACCCAGGUUUCACAGGGCCAGACUGCUCUUCAGAGUCCUGUCCUGGUAACUGUAACAACAAGGGGCGUUGCGAGAACGGCCAGUGUGUGUGCAACACUGGCUUCACAGGGCUCGACUGCUCCACCAAGGCAUGCCCUGGUAACUGUAACAACAAGGGGCAAUGUGUGAACGGCAAGUGUGUGUGCAAAACUGGCUUCACAGGGCCCGACUGCUCCACCAAGGCAUGCCCUGGUAACUGUAACAACAAGGGGCAAUGUGUGAAUGGCAAGUGUGUGUGUGAUAGCAGUUUUACAGGGCCAGACUGCUCUUCAGAGUCCUGUCCUGGUAACUGUAACAACAAGGGGCAAUGUGUGAAUGGCAAGUGUGUGUGUGAUAGCAGUUUUACAGGGCCAGACUGCUCUUCAGAGUCCUGUCCUGGUAACUGUAACAACAAGGGGCGUUGCGAGAACGGCCAGUGUGUGUGCAACACUGGCUUCACAGGGCUCGACUGCUCCACCAAGGCAUGCCCUGGUAACUGUAACAACAAGGGGCGUUGCGAGAACGGCCAGUGUGUGUGCAACACUGGCUUCACAGGGCUCGACUGCUCCACCAAGGCAUGCCCUGGUAACUGUAACAACAAGGGGCAAUGUGUGAACGGCAAGUGUGUGUGUGAUAGCAGUUUUACAGGGCCAGACUGUUCUACCAAGUCCUGCCCUGGCAACUGCAGCAACCGUGGAAAGUGUGUGAACGGCCAGUGUGUCUGCGAUAGCGGCUUUACAGGGCCGGACUGUUCCGCCAAAGCAUGUCCCAAUAACUGCAGCAACAAGGGAAGGUGCGUGAGCGGGAAGUGCGUGUGUGAAGUGGGCUUCAGCGGACAGGACUGCGCCGCUAAGGGCUGUCCCGAUAACUGCAGCAACAAAGGGCGCUGUGUGAAGGGGAGGUGUGUGUGUCGCCGUGGUUUCGCCAUCCCGGACUGCAGCCAGUGUGAAGCUGGGUUCACUGGAGCUGACUGUGGCACCGCCAUGUCUGGUGUGUCCCAGCUCAACACCAAGGACGUCACUGAAUCCUCUGUCACCCUCUUCUGGACCCCACCUCCAGUCCAGUAUGACACCUACCACGUCACCUUCGCCAGCCAGAAAGAGGGCGAUCAACAGAUAACAUCUCAGGUUGGAGGCAAGCUCACGGCCUACACCCAAACAGGCCUGGCGGCCGGGCAGGCGUACACGGUGACAAUCAAUGGAGAAAUAGAUGGGAGAAUGGGCGCUGAGAGCACAGCAGAAUUCACCACUCUUAUCUCUGGUCCCACAAACCUUCAAGUUGUGAAGACAACCACAACAUCUGCCGUUGUCCAAUGGGAACAAUCGCAAGGAGACAUCGACAGGUAUCGCUUAACUGUUACACCCAAUCAGACAGACGGAACAGCCAAGGGAAGACAAGACCUGACCCUGCCCCCUGAGAGGGACUCUGCCCAGAUUGACGGUUUGGACCCGGGACAUUUGUAUGACAUCACAUUAGUGGCUGAAAAAGGCGGGAUCGAGAGCAAGCCAGCAACAGUCCAAGUCACUCCUGGAAAAUCCACAAAGACAAUAUCCAGGGUGACCAUGCCGGUAGCACCGGGAGUAGAAAGCCACGAGGGAGACUCAGCCGGGAAUACAAAGCCUGUGAAGGACAUCCUCAACACGAAGGCCAAGGGUGAAGAACCAGAGAGGGUGAAGGAUUGGAGUGGACCAGGCUCUGUGACAGUCAAAGGCACCAAUGGAACCAAAGAGGACACAUCUGUUAGAACCAGUACAAGACCACUUGUCAACACAAACUACAGGGUUAUACCUAAACCAGGUGAUAGAAUAACCUUGCCCAGGAAACCAUACAUUGGAGGCUCUAUCCGUUUUAAUGGUACAAGAGUCGGCCAGGGUGGGAGGAGAGUGGGUCACAGUCUUCUGAAAAAGCCUACGAGCAGAAAUCCAAUGGAGGUGCCAAAGGUCAAGGAGACCUUGGAUACGGACUCUAAACCAGAGAAUCCCUUUGUUGGGGACAAGACUGUAGCCUUAACUGUGAAAGAAACUAACCUGGAGACGAGUCCUCUUGGAGAAAAAGAUGAAACUUUGACAAAGGCAUAUCCUGUCGGGAUCCUUCCUGUAAAUGGCACUUCAAGAUCUGGUUCUGAACCGUCAGUGAAGGACUUACCCGAUAGAAAAAAAGAUACAGAGAUUGAAACAAAUGAGCCAGGGCCAGGGACAGAGGGUUUGGAGCAUACCACCACAUCAGAAAGAAAUACGACGGUUCACCCGAAUGGGAAGAAAUGUGUCAACAAGGUUAAAUUGACACACAGGAAAGUCAAUGUGACACGUGGAGAGAGAGUCAUUGGAGGGCGGUUGAAUGGCACAAUAGUUCAACGUAAACCCACAGCAGGGCAGGGUUUCGCUGAAAAAGACGACGGUGCCCUAAAAGUGUCCGAAGCAGGACAUUCAAAGACAACAUUUCAUGAGCGUAACCGGGUCAUUCACACACAGAGUAAAGCAGAUGACAUUUCUCCACACACCACCCAAAGUCCUACAUAUCUAACUUCCUCUUCACCAGUAUCACCUACUUCCCACAUGUCACUUUCUUCUUCAGCUCCCGCUAAGCAUGAUGAAUCAAUGACCGGUAUGGGUCAACCUAUGACUGACAGAGACGUGGCGAAUGGAGAGACUUUGCCUGUUCCCCAAACCCAAUCAUCCAACCUCCCACCAGAGACGGAACCAACAUCCUCCAGUGAAUCAGAACAAAAUGGUAAAGGACCAUCUCCCUCCAACCCUGAGGACUCAUACUCAGGUAAAGCUCAUGUUGCAGUAGCAGAAGUGGGAGUCAGCAAAGAUGGAGCGAAAACCGCUAACGGGGGAUUUGGAACCAAACAAAACAAGACAAAGACUCUGAGAGUGGGCGGCUCACCACCUUUUCGCCGCCUACCUCCAAAGGGGCCCUACCAACGCCGCCCGUACCUAAAUAUGAGACCAUUCCAAAACAGGACACGUUCACCUUUUUCAGCUCCCGCAAAACAAAAUGAAUCAAAGACCGGUACGGGUCAACCCAUGACUGACAGACAACUAUUGUUUCCAAAGACAUUAACCGUUUCCCCAGCACAAUCCUCAACCCUCCCUUCAGAUGCCCAGCCAGAGAUAGCACCAAAGUCCUCCAGUGAAUCAGAACACAGUGGCAAAGGCUAUUCAUCAUCAUCAUCAUCCACUUCAGAGGAACCUUCUGCUGUGGCAGAGGAUGGUAUCAGCAGAGAUGGGGACAGGGCAACUGACAUGGUGUCGUCUGGAACUGAACGAAACAGGUCAAGGACUCUGACACUGGGCAGCACACCACCCUUGCGCCGUCUACCUCCAAAGGGGACGCAGCAACGCCGUCCACACCCAAAUAUGGGAGCAUUCCCAAACAGGACGCGAACAAACCUGAUACCCCCUUGGCAUCCAUCAAGAGGCCCCAUACGCAGACCUUUCCCACCUAAACUGACAAACAGGAACAACGGCAUCAUCGUUCAAACCCCUCAAACAGGGGAGCAGGGCACCUACAGCACCAGCCAGAAUGACACAAACACAGACCUAAAGCCCAAAACUCUCCUCAAGAAAACAAAUGCCACAGCUGGUAAAAUAGCACGAGAUCAAACACACAUAAGAAAUAACAGUAGCUUGAGCCAAAGGGGCCAAGAUUCAAAAACAGGCCAUCCUGACAAAGGUAGCCAAGUGAGUAAGAACGCUGACUCAAGAGACAGCCCAAACCAGAUUAAUGGGUCAGAUGUCACUACUACUGGAAAAACAGGCCAGCCUCUAAACUCAGUGGGGGUUCAAAGCAUAACCUCAGGAGGGCUCAUACUCGUUUGGGAAGCACCAGAGGGGAUGUACAGAAAUUUCAUAGUAACCUGGGAAGAGCAUGGAAGUAAGAACGAGGCAGAGAAAGAGGAGGAGAAGGAAGAGGAAGAGGAGGAGAGCGAGUCAGAGGAGGAUAGGCAGGAGGAAGGGGAGGCGGAGGGACAAACUGAGAAGGAGAACAAUGGGAAUGAGGAGGAAAGUGAAAUGGGGGUGAGUCAAGGUAAGGAGGGCGGGGAGGAGAACACUGUUACCAAUAGCAAAAGUGAUAACCAAAGACAGAGCAGCGACAGUAAUGCUACGGCUAAAGUUGGCGACGGUGGUACAAUCAAGUUCUCCAAAGUCCUUCCGGGGUCAGCUCGCUCAUUCCGAUUCCAGAAUCUCCAUCCACAGACCCGCUAUUCCCUGUCCGUGUUUGGGAAGGGUCCCGGACUACGCUCCAAAAUACACCGACUCAUCGUCAGCACAGGCCCAGAGCUUCCCUCAGGUCUUGUCUUCAGUGAAGUGACUGAGACGUCUCUCUCUGUAUCCUGGACCAAGCCAAAAAGUCCAGUGAGUGGCUUCAAGGUCACCUACACUCACACACAGGAAGGGGAGCCUGUCUCAGUAAUGGUGGACUCUGGGGAUUCCACUCUGGCACUGUCAAAGCUCUCUCCGGGGUCCUCCUAUGAGGUCAGUGUGAUAUCCGUCCUUGGACUGGACGAGAGCGAUGCAAUCAAAGACCUGGUUAUGACACUCCCUGACCCUCCAACGACUCUCCAGGCCAUUAAUGUCACAGACACCAAGGCGUUGCUGCUAUGGCGACCAGCACUGGCAACGGUUGACCGCUACGUCAUAGUUUAUGGCUCUGAAAAAGGGUCAGAUGAUGUGAAGAUCACUGUGUCGGGCAACGCGGCCGAGCAGCAGCUGAAGGACCUGCAGGGCUCCACUAUGUACACCGUCACGGUCACCAGUCAGUUGGGCAACCUGGAUGGCCCUGCCGCCAUCACCGUCUUCACCACCACCAGUGGAUCUGGGGGAGACGGGGAAGUCCCGCGUGACCUGAAGGCCAGUCAGGUGACUCCUCGCUCAGCGUUGCUGACGUGGAAACCGCCCUCUGCCGCUGUGGGAAGCUACAAGCUGACCUAUCAGACGGAGGGACAGGAGAUGCAGGAGGUUACCAUUGACUCCACAGUAACGGAGUUCAAGUUGACCAGGCUGCAUCCCAUGUCCAAGUACACCGUGCAGCUACAGGGAGAGAGGGGAGGGAGCUAUACUGCUGCAAUUUCCACUGAGUUCACCACAGGGAAUCUCCGGUACCCCUUCCCAAGUGACUGUUCCCAGGAGCUGCUGAACGGGAUGCAUGAGUCUGGAGAGGUGGAGAUCUUCCCCAAUGGAAGGCAGGGAAAACCAGUGUUGGUCUACUGCGACCAGGUGACUGAUGGAGGCGGCUGGACGGUCUUCCAGAGAAGGAUGGAUGGGAAAACUGACUUCUUCCAAGGUUGGGAGAACUACAGCAAAGGAUUUGGAGAACUGAGUGGGGAAUUUUGGCUGGGUAAUGAGAACCUACACAAUCUAACCAGCAUGGCACCGAUGACCCUACGUGUGGACCUCCGUGCAGGGGACGAAUCCGUGUUUGCCAAGUACUCUGCAUUCACAGUGGACACUGUUAGGAAGAACUACGCUCUCAAAGUGUCUGGGUACAGCGGUACAGCAGGUGACUCUAUGAGUUACCACAACGGACGCAUGUUCUCUACCAGAGACAGAGACCCUGCGCCUUUCAUCACUCGCUGCGCCAUGUCCUAUAGGGGGGGUUGGUGGUAUAAGAACUGCCACCAGGCCAACCUUAAUGGCCUCUACGACACCAAUGUCAAUCACCAGGGUUUGAUCUGGACUGCCUGGAAAGGCAAGGAUUAUUCCGUCCCUUUCACUGAGAUGAAGCUCAGACCAACAUCUUUCACCCCUCCAACUCAGGGGUAAUGACAAAGUGGUGGACAGAAAAUGAGAAGGGGAGAGAGGCACACUUUAUGAA